AUGAAAACGCAUAUUCAAUGGCACGCUGUGGCUUUCAUACUUUCUGAAAUCUGCUGGCGUCCGCCAAGCCCUGAAUGUGAUCGGGGGUGGGAGUAUGUAAGCAUGGUUUACGAUGUAUGGAAAAUAAAAGAGCCUGAGAAACAGGGCACGCUAUGGCGACCGAUUAAUCGGCUUAUGGCCAAGGCCCGAUAUGUACGCGAGAUGCAAAGGCUUUCCAGUGCGGUACCAUUGGGGAACGUGUUUCAAGAAAAGCGAAUGCAGAGCACCUCGAUUAAUGGUAAUUCAGAAGACUUUCUAGCUACAAAUGGUGUCUUUGAGGAGAUAGGCAUGGACAAUAUGCAAAGUGUGUUGGGUCUGGAAUCCCUAUAUCCGUCUAUGGAACUUUUCCCUGAUAAUUUUGGGAUGAAUCCUUUUGGAAUAGAUUAG